CCCUCUCUCUCUCUCUUCUCUCUCUCACAAACACACACAAAACACUCUCUGCUUUCUCUCUCCCUCUCUCUCUCUAACUCUGUGUUUUUUCUCUCCGGAAAAACCCAAAUUUCUCUUCCGUUUCUCUCGCUUUUGCCUCCGAAACCCACGAAUACGUGAUGAGCACUACAGGAUCUUUCUAAUAUGUAUGGUUUCGAGCUCUGAUUCUCGAGUUUUCACGGAGUUUGUCGCUCGCUAAACUCACUGAGUCCGACCGGAAAUGCUCGAGGCGGUUGAGAGUUCGAUCAAUGGCGGGUUUUCGCAGUUGCAGAGCUGUGGAGACAGUAGCGAAGAGGAGCUCUCGGUGCUGCCUCGUCACACCAAGGUUGUGGUGACCGGGAAUAAUCGGACCAAAUCGGUGCUUGUGGGUCUUCAAGGUGUGGUCAAGAAGGCCGUUGGGCUAGGCGGGUGGCAUUGGCUGGUUCUCACAAAUGGCAUAGAAGUAAAGCUACAGAGGAAUGCCCUGAGCGUGAUUGAAGCUCCUACCGGUAAUGAGGAAGAUGAUGACCUUGAAUUUGAGCACAUGCCAUGGAAUGGUUCAGAUAUGGGAUCUGAUGACACCCAAAAGUCCCACAGAUCGAGGCAUAGAAUGCACAAAUCAUCCGUGUCAUCUCAUAGGACUAUGAGCAGAUCUCUCUCAUGUGACUCGCAGUCUAAGGGAUCUGUUUCUACUCCUCGUGGGUCCAUGAGGGUUGACUUAAGCAAACUGGAGAUGGCUGCUUUGUGGAGAUAUUGGCGACACUUUAACCUUGUGGAUGCUAUCCCCAACCCAUCAAAAGAACAACUAGUUGAUGUUGUUCAGAGGCAUUUCAUGUCACAGCAAAUGGACGAGUUGCAGGUCAUUUUGGGAUUUGUUCAGGCUGCAAAGAGAUUGAAGACUGUGUGCAAAUGACCUGGAGAGAAAUGAAGAGAUCUUUGCAUUUGGUUGUCUCUGCUAACUGAUACUGGUACCUAAAUGUCCACUUCCCUCUGCAGUGAUUUCUGUAACAUAUUUAUCUGUGGCUUGUUUAUGUCUAUCGGUUUCGGUUACUAGGGUAGUAUUACUUUGUUCUGAGUUAUAGAGGUUCUUACUUUCUUUCUUUCUUUUUGGUAGUGUAGUUAUGUAGAUAUAUGUAAGGUCGUGAUCAGACCUUUAAAGAAGUCCCUUGUGGCUUUCUUUCCAAACUCGGUUGAAUGUACUGCUGACUUGAGGAAGUGGGGUUUUAAAAUGUAUAUAUUUGUUAUUACUUUGCA